GUUGUGUAUGUAGGAUGUGAAAGUGAAAGUGAAAAGAGAUGCACGCAUACAAUAGGGUACCGAGUAGUGGACAGAGCAGCCCAUCAGCACCAUCAUCUCCCCGCCUCCGUUCCAAACCCGCUCCUCGUUUUCCCGCCCCCCAAACCCUUCCCCAACAUCUUGCUUCCCAAUUUCUCUCUCUUCUUCUUCGUAGACAAGGCAUUUUUCUCUUUGCCCCAUUGAUUUACAUCUCCGCAGUCCUUUUUUACAUCAAUACUCUUGACUUUCACAACCUUCCACCUCCACAUUAUGCACCACCUGGCUCUGUUUACCGUAGCCCACAGCUUUAUGCUAACCUUAGACCUCAAAUGGACUCCGAUAAUUCCAAUGCUGAUGCGAUAUCGACAAUAUGGAGAAACUCCUAUAAAGGUGGUGAAUGGAGACCAUGCAUUGACAAGUCUUCAAGAGGUUUACCUGAAUCAAAUGGGUACAUUUACAUUGAAGCAAAUGGUGGUCUGAAUCAGCAAAGAACAUCAAUAUGCAAUGCUGUUGCUGUGGCAGGUUAUCUUAACGCGACCCUGGUCAUUCCACAUUUCCACUUUCAUAGCAUUUGGAGGGAUCCAAGCAAAUUCAGUGAUAUUUAUGAUGAAGAAUUUUUUGUUAAAACCCUAGCAAAUGAUGUAAGGGUGGUGGACAAGGUUCCUGGUCUUAUUAUGGAACGGUUUGAUUACAAUAUGACCAAUGUGUACAACUUCAGGAUCAAGGCAUUGUCCUCUGUUUCGUACUACCGGGGGACAGUUCUUCCUAAGAUGGUUGAAGAACAGAUCAUCAGGAUAUCGCCGUUUGCUAAUCGUUUGUCAUUCGAUGCUCCUCCAGCAGUUCAGCGGCUUAGGUGUCUGGCAAACUAUGAAGCCCUUAGAUUUUCAAACCCCAUUUUGAGUUUAGGACAAACAUUGGUUGCAAGAAUGAAAGACCGAAGUGCAAAUAAUAGUGGGAAGUAUAUAUCUGUGCAUCUUCGCUUUGAGGAGGAUAUGGUUGCUUUCUCUUGUUGUAUAUAUGAUGGUGGAGAUAAAGAGAAAAUAGAUAUGGAUGCUGCAAGAGAGAGAGGAUGGAGGGGCAAAUUCACAAAACGUGGUAAAGUGAUUCAUCCUGGAGCAAUCAGGAUCAAUGGAAAGUGUCCCUUAACGCCAUUAGAGGUUGGAUUGAUGUUAAGAGGGAUGGGGUUUGGUAAAAGCACAUCCAUUUAUUUAGCUUCUGGAAAGAUCUACGACUCUGAGCGCCACAUGAAACCACUAUUAGAGAUGUUUCCGCUUUUACAAACGAAAGAGAUGCUAACAUCCCACGAAGAACUUGCCCCAUUUCAGAAUUACUCUUCCAGGAUGGCUGCUAUAGACUAUACUGUUUGUCUUCAUAGUGAAGUAUUUGUGACAACUCAAGGAGGAAAUUUCCCCCACUUUCUGUUGGGUCAUAGAAGAUUCUUGUAUGGUGGACACUCGAGGACAAUUAGGCCAGACAAGAGGAAGUUAGCUUUGUUAUAUGAUAACCCAACUAUUGGGUGGAAAAGCUUCAAGCGGCAAAUGCUAAAUGUACGAGCACAUAGUGAUUCAAAAGGAAUUGAGAUCAAAAGACCAUCUGACUCUAUAUAUUCAGUCCCAUGCCCAGAUUGCAUGCGCCGCAGUAACAAGACUGAAGUUUAUCCUUAGUGACAUGAUUCUGGGAAUAUCUUUGGUGGUGUUUCAGUACCCAUUGUUUGUAUGGAUUUGUGCUCCUAACCUUGCCAUUCUAUGUCCCCCCAACACUGGAGAAGGCCCCAUACCGAAUCCUAGAGCAACCCUUGUUGAGAGAUUUUCUUCAAUUGCUCGUCAAUUAUUAUUUUCUGGAUAUGAGUUAGAGUGACAUUGUGCAUGAUAAUCCGAGUAAAGGACAUAGAAAUGAUAUUGAUUGCUGGGUUCCAGCUGCUGUGAAUUGAUACGGGAUACAUAUUAAUUCAACAUUAGUUUUAUGAGUAAGGAUGGUGUAUAUUAGUUGAGAGGCUGUAGUAUUAGACUAACGCAACAGGAUGAAAUAAAGAAAAGACAGGUUUCCCAAUUUUUAAUUUUGGA